CAGGGGCCGCAAAAAUCUAAAGGAUUGGAGAAAGCACUGCAUUGCAAUCCAAUCAUCCGGCUAAUUCUGAUAAUCCAGUAUCCUGGAACGCACCAACCACCAUGGCAGCUCCUGCUCAAGCAUCUGCGAUCGCUGCUUCUGCGACUCCAAAUGAUCACAAAACCAAGUAUGCACUCGCCGUCCAGCUCGUAGUGCAAGACCUCAUCAAAGCGUACGAUGCGGGGGAUACGCUGAAUUUCACGAAAUUGAAAGGAACCGCUGCGAAAAAAUACAAGCUCCAGGGAAUACCCAAGUUAGCAGAUAUCCUCCAGGCCCUGCCUAUAUCAUAUCGAACGAAAUUGUUGCCGUUCUUGCAAACUAAACCGGUCCGAUCGGCGUCAGGUGUGGCAGUUGUCGGUGCGUUGAUUCUUUCAAUGUAUUUAUUUCUUUUAGUGAUACGAAGAACCAGCUUGGUCCCGAUUCAUAAGUUCGAUGCUAAUUGAGCUUUCUAUUCUUUGUUACGUUUUUGUCUGUUCUGGUUUGACUAUUUGKUCUUUGUCUCAAUGAAUCGUCUACUAACAAUUUUUCAGCCGUUAUGAGCAAGCCGCAUCGCUGCCCCCACAUUGCAUACACUGGAAAUGUUUGCGUAUACUGCCCGGGUGGUCCCGAUUCUGAUUUUGAAUACUCGACCCAAGCGUAUACAGGAUACGAGCCAACAUCUAUGAGGGCGAUUCGCGCACGCUACGAUCCAUUUUCACAAGUGAAGGGUCGCGUAACGCAGCUUAAGGCUAUCGGGCACGUUGUUGACAAAGUAGAAUUUAUCGUCAUGGGUGGUACCUUUCUUUCUCUCGACAAAGAAUACAAGGAUUGGUUCAUUCGAAACUUGCACGAUGCCUUGAGCGGAUAUGCGUCGAACAGCGUUCAGGAAUCGAUUCGGUACUCUGAACAAGCCAAAACAAAGUGCAUUGGAAUCACUAUCGAAACCCGACCCGAUUAUUGCUUGAAGCCGCAUCUGGAAGAAAUGUUGAGUUAUGGGUGCACCCGUAUCGAAAUAGGGGUGCAGUCGAUCUACGAAAGUGUUGCGAGAGAAACCAAUCGCGGCCACACGGUGGCUGCGGUUUGUCAUUCCUUUCAGCUAGCCAAAGACUGCGGUUUCAAGGUCGUUACACACAUGAUGCCUGACCUACCGAACAUGGGAUGGGAGCGCGACCUGGCCGGUUUCGAAGAAUAUUUCGAAAAUCCAAUGUUUCGGAGCGACGGAAUGAAACUGUAUCCUACGCUGGUCAUUCGGGGGACGGGAUUGUACGAACUGUGGAAAACAGGGCGGUAUCAGAACUACACACCAGAUCAAUUGGUAGAGCUUACUGCCAAAAUUUUGAGCCUCGUGCCUCCGUGGACGCGACUGUAUCGAAUUCAAAGAGGUAAGUUUGAAGUAGUCUUUUAGCCAUAUUUUGACAUAUGAACGACCGGUGGAUGCCUUUCAACAGUGGUAGGUUGGUUCUUUUUUCAAUAGUGCACUGAACAUCUUAUUUCUUUAAAUGCCUUAGAUAUUCCAAUGCCGCUGGUAAGCAGUGGGGUCGAACACGGAAAUUUGCGGGAACUGGCCCUUCAAAAGUUGCAAGACUGGGAUCUCCCUUGUAUGGAUAUUCGAACGCGUGAGGUGGGCAUGAAACAAAUUCAUUCUUCCGUGACACCAGACCAGGUAGAAAUGAUCCGCAGAGAUUAUACUGCGAAUGGAGGCUGGGAGACGUUCCUUUCGUACGAGGAUCCAACACAAGAUAUUCUUAUUGGUUUGCUGCGACUCCGAAAGCCGAAUACAUCGAGCGCGUUUUUGCCCGAAAUCAYGGAGCGGCCUUGCAGCAUUAUCCGCGAGUUGCACGUGUAUGGAACAGCUGUAGCUGUUUCGGCAAGAGACCCCACGCGUUUUCAGCACCAGGGAUUCGGAAUCCUGCUCAUGGAGGAAGCGGAGCGAAUAGCUAGGGAGGAGCAUGGAUCGGAAAAAAUUCUAGUGAUAUCGGGGGUUGGGACGAGGCAUUACUACCGAAAGCUUGGUUACGAACUGGAUGGUCCAUAUAUGAGCAAAAUCCUCAUAGACGAGGACAACUGCGAAGAAUUGAAAMAAUAACGGGGCUACGUGUGCCACUCUAGAAUCAUUGUGUUCGUGCCUGACCCUUGUUGUCAUUGACCACAGAACGAACUCUUGUAUAUUAAAACAAUAAUAAUAAUAAAUAGCA